AUGGCAUUUCCAUCCAAUACCAAUAUAAUUAAUGUCAUGAAACCAUCAUGGAUAACAAUACCAACUGAACUUAUUGGCUCAUUACCACGAACAACGGCGUUAUUAGAAGGUCAACAAGCUUAUAAAGCAGGUCAUAUUUCUGAAAAUCAAUUGGAGAAAUUGCAAGAUAAAGCAAUACGACAAACAAUAGCUGAAUUAGAAAAAACUGGACCUGGUCAAAUAACUGAUGGUGAACAAGCUAAACCUUCAUUUCUUGUUUAUCCGUAUGUCCACGAAUAUCAUACGAUUCUUGGUCGAUGGCGUCUUCGACGUAAUGAUGAUGAUGAUGAACAUCAAGUUUCAACUACAUCAAAUGAUGAUAUAUUUCAAUUUUUCGACAUAAAUCAUGAUCACCAUAUAUCAUAUAAUGAAUUUCUUCAACGAAUGAUGUUUAACAAAGAAAAUUAA